AUGAUAUCAUUUGUUUGUAUUGUAUUUUGUUUAACUGGAGGUUUACUUAACGAAUGUGUUUUAGCAGAGAACGUGGAGACAUCAGAAAAUGAACCUUGUUUAAUAAAAGGUCGAAUAGAUGAACAAUCAAAUCUCGUUGUGGUUUCCAAGCGUGAUAAUCGCCACAGACUGAAUUCCUCUAAUGCCAAAGAUAUGCAGUAUGCUAUAGACGGACGGUCAUUUGAAGAUUUCGAGAAGGCCUAUUACAUUAACAGAACCAUGACUUAUCUUCAGCAAAUUUACUGCUAUAAAAAAGAACAAGAGGAAAGCAUCGCACAAGACCAAGGAGGUGAUGAAACAGCCCAAAUUGAAGACGGUAUCGUAACAGCUAGGGACGCUAAACCAGUACAAGUUACCACUAAACCAAGCUUCAUUUGUGAUACAGAUUUUAGGACGGAGCCUGCUCUUGAAUCCAUGCUCCACGAAUUACGAGAGAUUCCGCCCUCGCAAAUGAAUAACCUGACAGAAAUUAUGAAUCAAGCUAGGAUGCAUGCCGCAACAGGUCAAACCGACGUCGCGGACAUUUCAAGCCUUUGUUGCAAUUUAGGUGGUUAAUUGUUGAA